GACGAUGUAGUGUGGGACUUGGUUGAGGCGGAGAGUGAGACUUGGAACAAUGAUCUGGUAUAGAGGUGCUUCCCGAUUGAUGUGGUGCAAGCUAUUACCCAAAUACCAUUCCGCGGAAAUGGAGAAAGGGACGAGCUGAUUUGAAGUGAUAGUGUUACAGGUAAGUAUUCGGCUAUUCAGUGAAAGACAGGUAUCAUGUCUGGUUCCGCCAGUUUAGUGAAGCUAAUGGAUUGAUGAAAGUUGGGGAGGCUGGAGUGUGGAAGAAGGCCUGGAAACUACAGGUCCUUCCUAAAAUUCGACAAUUCCUCUGGCGAUUCGAGAGAGAUGCCCCUCCAACGGGCGACCACGUUGAACCCCGUAGAAGUAAGUGGGGCGAUAGAUGUGUGUUUUGCAAUCUCUAAGAGAAACAAACUCACUUUUUUCAUGAGUAUGCCUGGACAAGCCACAUUUGGAGAACUUCAGCGCUCUCGGACUGUUUUGAGUUGAGGGGGUCGGGAGCUGCUUGCAGUGGGUAACUGAUGUCAUGAAGGAGAAGGAUGAAGCUACGGUGGAAAGUUGGGUUGUACUGUUGUGGUAUUUGUGGAAGGAGGGGAAUGCCCAUUUUCGGAAUGGUCCGAAACUACUAGAAGAUGAAAUAUUCGCAAGGGCGGGCUUCUUUCUCACUUAUUAUAAGUCACACCAGACUAGAGACAAAAUGGAGGAACAUUCCCCGUCACGAAUGAAGUGGAGCAAGCUGGAACUCGGGUGGAUCUCGAUUACCACUGAUGCAUCUAUUUUCCCAGGCAACUAGAUGGGGUUGGGGGGCAGUAUCUAGGGACAGUUAUGGGAAGCUACGAAUGGCAGCUGCUAAAUGUACAGUGGGGGAGGUAGUGUGGAUUAGGUCGAAGCUCUUGUUGCCGAGAUGGGUGUCAGCUGGCGCCACUUCUCCCUGCACCGAAAUUGAUAUUGGAAAGUGAUAGUAUGGUGGUGAUUAAUAAACUCAAUGACCCAACAGAGAUCUGACGGAGACCAGGGGAAUUUGCAGGAGUAUCAGGAGAAGCUUGGAGGGUGCAGAACAACAUAAUUGAUGACAUAUUCGGCGGGAAGCAAACGGGGGCGCCCACUUGAUGGCUCGGACCUAUACCCAACGAGAUGAAAGACUUGUUUGGCUUGAUAGCACACCAGAUUUUAUGAUUGAUUAGUUAGAGCUUGAUGAUGUAACAGCCACCAAUUGAUCAAUAAGCUUACAGGUUUCCAUAAAAAAAAACUCGCAUUAAUUUGGGCUAUAAUUUUCUUUUGGUUAAGAAUCAAAACAACACUUAGGGUUCGUUUGGAUGAGGUUUUUUGAUGAGGUAAUUUAGGUCAAUUGAUUCAAAAUGAGUCAAUUGUAACCAAUUGACUCGUUUGGCAAUAAAAAAUGAAAAUGAAACAUUUUGCAGCGGGGAAAUCAGAAUUGUUCCGUUAUGGGUUAAUUCAAAAUACCUGAGGUAGGGGGAGAUAUUCUCAAUUGUUCUGUUUUUCUCUCAUCUUUCCCAAUUCUAACCUUUCCCUUUUCUCUUUUCCUCUGCACACACAAAAAGUAACACACCCUUUCUCUUUCUUCCUCUUCUCUUCUUCUCUUUCCUUUCUCGGCAGAGGAAAACCUUCCUCUUCUCUUUCUUUCCCCUCUCUGCAGAAAACCUUCAUCUCUGUCGACGAGCUAUAUUCUCGCCCUCGACGACACCCUCCGUUCGUUUCGGUGGAAACAACAGUUUGAGCACGAUGGUUGGCAAGGGGAGCGCUGAUGGUCGAUUUUAUCUACCUCGGUAGCCAUCGAUGUGAGUUUCGCCGGAUCGAGAGAGGCGAUGCAUGGGCGGCUGUUCUCGAUUUGUUGAAGAAGAAAGAAAAAGAAACAGAUGUCGGGAGGAGAGAUUCGCUCAAAGAGCCAGAUCCCAUAGCGAUGAUCGUCAAUUCAUCUAGCUCGACGCUCGAUUCAUUUAGCUGCUCACCCUUCGCCGUUCAAGACUCCUUUGUGCAGCUCAUCUUUCUCCUUGUUCGGUAUCGCUUGAAAAGCCAAAUCCCGAAGCGAUGAUUGUCGCCGACUAGAGCGGCUCAACAAAAUCAGCCUCUAAUUGGAUACUUCAAUUUAUGAUAAGGAGUUUUUCCAUUGUCAAUUGUGUGUGUGUUGAGUGUUCAUCUUUGUUGGUCGAAAUUGUGGGCUUCUAAUUACAGAGAGGAAGAUGGACAAAGAUGGGGAAAAAGAGGAAAAGACGAGGACAAAAGUGUAUUUUUCAUAAAAUUUCUUGUUCCAAUUGUCUUAUGAAAAAUAACAAUUCAAACAAGCCAAUUCUGAACAAAUUUCUCACAGAAUUUCCUCAUUUUCUAUAAUGAGUCAUUUACGUCAAAUUGUCCCGUUUAACAAAUGUUCCAUCCAAACGACCCCUUAAGAAUCGUUGUCUCAUUUCAAAUUUUCUAGAAGGGGAAUGAAAAUAGAAAUGCUCUCAUGUAAAUAGAACUAACUUUUCCUCCCUCUAUUUUUCUCUCUAUCCAUCCAGUAGAGGGAAAAGCGAUAGGACGGCAGCAGUGAGUUAUCAUGCAAAUACGAUAAACACCUGUAUAGUGUUUGUGCAUGGUUUGCUGUCAGCUGUGAGUGGGACUUGUGAACCAAGUGAAAAGGAAAAUGGCAUCUAACAAGAACGAGUGUUUUCGUGUUUUCACUUUGCAUUGAAUUUACCAUUUCAUCAUUCGUUAGGGAUUCCACAUAGGGUAGGGUAGGGGACUAGACAGGACAAUAAUCGAGUCAUAUGGUAAUUUGACCCGAUUGUUAUGAGUCAUAUAGGUAUUGGGUGUCGGAUCCGAAUGAACUCAUAUGCACUUUUAAUGGUUUUGAAUUUGGUUUGAAUUGGGUCAUAUUUGGGUCAAUUUAUUUGGAUUAGGUCCAAAUGAGUGUAACUGGAACUAGAAGAUUAUAUACGCUAAAAUCAACAUCAACAAUUUCAUUAAUUAUCUCCAACCUAAUUAUACACCUUUAUUCUCACAAAAAAAGACAAAAAUUUCAUUAUAAUCGGGCAUCUGUUGGACGUCCAACACUAUGAGUUCAAUUUAGAUUCGAACUAAAAAAUCGAAUAUGAGUACGAGCCAAAAUCCAUCCAUAAUAAGUUGGAUUCGGCCAAUACCCAGAUAUAGGGUCCUUUUGCCAUCUCUAGAGAGAGGACAUUGCUAACCGAUUGUUAUUUUUGCCCUAGUGUUUUUGGUAAUAUCUGUUUUACGUUUCUACAUUGUGGAAAUUGGAAAACAUAUACAUUCUUUGAUGACGAUCAUCUUUUGUCAAAAUUAAGGUAAAUCGUGCUAUUUUAGUGAUUGAUAGCACCACACUUAGGGUUUUGUUUGAGAGCAGGGAGUGCCCAUGCCUAGAAAGUCAUUGAAGCAUGUGCAUGAAGGGGAACAUGGAGAUUGGGUAGCCGUCGUCGUGAAUCUUCUUUCUGUUUGUUGGGCAAGCAAGUGAGAAUUUGGAUUGGAUCCUGGAGGGGAUGUCCACGUUCACAAAUUUUGUCAGUUAUAUAUACCAUGAAAGGCUGAGACAGUCUUUCAAUCCUCCAUUUCUAGGUAGUGACUCUUCUUGUCACUCAACAACAUGCAAAUAGUGAUGGCAACCGGUUGGGCGAAGCCGAUAUCUCAAUACUAAUGUUUUGUCUUACGUUAUUGUGGUGUCGGGUGGAUAAUACACGUUUGGGUACAGGGCGGGGUAGGUCUAACUAAUUGAAAAGUCUGAAUAGUUGAAAAAAGUCAAAACAGAAUAAAUAUGAAUAGAUAUUGUAUGAAAUUGAAAUAUAAUGAGCCAAAAAUAGGACGAGGUAUUAGGACAGGAAGGAUCGUAAGUAGAUAGUCAUAUCCUAACCCACGGGUUGAGUAAUACUCUCUCUCUCCUCUCAUCAAUCUCAACCCCAUUCAUCCACCAUGCCUUCUGAGAUUGAUGGAGUGCGUUGUUGUGGAUUCAUUUUUGUUUUCACAAUGAAAGAAUGGAUUGAAG